AUGGACACAAACACCUGUGAGGGAACAGAAACUGUUGAUUACUGUUAUGAAUUUGUAAAUGGAUCUUGUCCGAAAGCAACCCGAUCAAGCAGCCUUCGAGUAUUCUUGUAUACAUUUUUGAUGCUAAUAAUUCUUUUUACCAUCAUUGGUAACCUAUUGCUCAUCAUUUCAAUAUUCCACUUCAAGCACCUUCAAACACCCACCAAUUAUCUAAUUCUUUCCUUGGCUACUGUUGACUUUCUGUUGGGAUGUUUGGUUAUGCCUUACAGCAUGGUGAGAUCAGUGGAAACAUGUUGGUAUUUAGGACAUGCAUUCUACCGCUACUAUGCAAUGUGUGACCCACUGAGGUACAACUUAAAAAUAACUUUAUUUUCUGUACAGUUAAUGAUCUUCAUUAUCUGGAGUGUUUCUGUUGUUUUUGCCUUUGGCAUGAUCUUUUUAAAAUUAAAUUUGAAAGGCAUUGAGGAAGUAUACCACAAUGAUAUCACUUGCCAUGGGAGUUGCACACUUGUAUUCAGUGAAAUAUCAGGGGUGAUUGCUUCAUUGAUUUCUUUCUACAUCCCAGGAAUUGCCAUGCUCUAUAUUUAUUGUAAGAUUUAUUUUGUGGCUAUGAAACAAGUGAAAAGUAUAAACAGAGUAACCGUUCAAGUUCAAAGCAUCAGAGUAAACAGAAGCAGGUUUUCACGAAAACAUGAAAGAAAAGCUGCCAAAACGCUAGGAAUCGUGGUGGGCAUAUUCCUGAUUUGUUGGUCUCCGUUCUUCAUUUGCAACACAGUGGAUGCAUUUCUCAGUUAUUCAGUACCACCAGUUUUGUUUGAUACUCUUGUUUGGUUUGGUUACUUGAAUUCUACGCUUAAUCCUCUUAUCUAUGGCUUCUUCUUUUCUUGGUUUAGAAAAGCUGUAACAAUUAUUUGUACAUGUAAGAUAUUUCAGUCUGAUUCCUCUAGAAUAAACUUGUACUGUGAGUAA